ACCUAUGCAGGAACUUUUACACCAAGGUGAACAACUCAAGAGAGUGGACACCAAACUGGACAAGAUGGACAAAGACCUUGAUACAUCUAAGAAACAUAUCACAUCAAUGAAAUCAAUAUUUGGAGGCAUUGUAAACUACUUCAACAAACCCAAAGCUGGCCAGCAGGAGCAGCAAGCCCCGUCACACGGUUCUAGCAACCUUAAGACACACAUGGAGAGGGUGGAAGCAGAGGAAGAGAUGAGAAGAGCUAACUCUGAUCAUCCUGCUCUGAAGCUCAGAGGGGUGGGUGCUUCGGAGCCCAGUGCAGGUUCUUGGGGCUCAUCUUGUACAGGAGGAUUUGGAGGGGAGAAUGAUGGUGGAAUGUCUAGCAGUAACGUGUUGCAGUCACAUAGUAUGAGGGACUUUGAUAAUCAUCUCAAUUCUAAUCUAGAUGAAAUUGGCUCAGGUAUUGGUCGCCUAAAGGGACUUGCCAUGGGAUUGAAUGAUGAACUGGAGAGACAGAAUGCUGAUAUUGACAGGAUAACAGGCAAGGUAGAGAGAGUAGAUGACAAACUGGGUAAAACAGACAAAGAAGUAAAGAAGAUCCUUAGAAGAUAAUGAAGGCUGGUAUCAGGAAACUUGUCAGCCGUCUCUCCUCAGUUAGGUUUAACGAUGUGACUAUAUUAUAUUUUUUUUAUCAUCAAUGUUUUGCCCCUCGAUCAUAUUUUUGUCAAUAUCCAGUCAACAUGAAUUCUCUCAUUUCUAGAUUAUUACAUUUGCUGUUUGUGUAUCUUUCAUGGUAAAUAUUUUGUUAAUUUACCUGUUGUCAAUACUCAAUGCAGUGGGUGAAAGUUACCAGCACUGACAGUUAACUAAUCUACAGACCAGUUCUUCUCAGCCAAUCAAAUCCAAGGAUAAAACCAAAUUGUCAGAGCUGCUUAUAACUCUCAUGUAACACCUUCCAGAUGUGUUCAUUCUUUAAAUACUCUUGCAUAUUUUAAUGAUAUAUUUUGGAAUUGUGCUGAAAAUUGGGAUUUUAGAUUUUUUCUAUUAUUAUUGUUAUUAUUAUUGUUGUUGUUUUGUUUAUUUGUUUCUGUAUUUGUUUUGAGGGGGAGGGGGUCAGUGUUGGUACUUGGCAGGUAUGACUUUAUGAAUUCUUAAAUGUUUUUAAGCUUUGUUUGAAUGAAGGGUCACUUUCUAAGCCUUGUCACUCAUAUAUGCACCAAAAGUUGUGAAAAUUUUCACCUUUCAGCCACAUAGUGUUAGUAGCCAAUUUGCUUUUAACAUAUUGAAAGAUAUGAUGGAUUUUUCUCAAAGCCAAUUCCAGAGGAUAUGAUUACAAGCUAUUUUUUGUCUCACCUGCAUAGCAGAGUGAGACUAUAGGCGCCGCUUUUCCGACGGCGACAGCAUCAGCAUCAAAUCUUAACCGAAGGUUAAGUUUUUGAAAUGACAGCAUAAUUUAGAAAAGUAUGGACCUAGUUCAUGAAACUUAGACAUAAGGUUAAUCAAAUAUUACUGAACAUCCUGCCUGAGUUUCAGGUCACAUGACCAAGGUCAAAGGUCAUUAAGGGUCAAUGAACUUAGACCAUGUUGGGGAGUCAAUAUCAAAAUCUUAACCUAAUGUUUGGUGUUUGAAAUGUCAUCAUAACUUAGACAGUAUAUGAAACUAGUUCAUGAAACUUGGCCACAAAGGUAAUCAAAUAUUUAGUGAAUAUUGGAUGGCCUUGAGUGGGAUGCGAAGAAAUAUUGUACGAGCUGAAGAACAAUAUUGGAUGAGUCGAAGACGAAUCGAAUAUUGUUCUUCAGCGAGUAACAAUAUUUCUACGCAUCCCACGAAAAUUGGUCAUCCAAUAUUAGUAUUAUUAUUUAGAUACCCCCACAAAGCUAAACAUAAAGUAAUGAAGCAAAAAAAAAAAGUUUUUAGUAACCAUCAUCAUUUAUGGCAAUCCUGUAAAGUUCAUGAAACUUGGCCAAUAUCAUGAGCAUGGCGCCUGAGUAUUGUCAUUAAAAAAAAAGAAAUCUCUGUAGUAAAGUAAAGAUGCGCUAGCGUAUAGUGCAAGCGCAUUUGAAUUCAAUAAAUAAACGCUCCUUUACCACACUUCCUGGCAACUAAUACGCAAUGCAAUUUCAUUGUGACGUAACAAUAGCUUCAUGCGCACAUUCAUUUAUUAACCAAUGAUAAUCUUGUGGGCAGGGCAAAAUAUUCAUUUCGUCCAAUAUUUUCAAUAUUGGAUGGUUUUUAUAGGCAUGCACGUUAAAAAUCAGUUUUAAUAUUUUGUCUCUUUGAAACAACCUCGCAAGACAUCAAAAAAUAUCUGCGCCUCUAAAACCCUACAUCUAAAUGAUAAUACUGAAUAUCCUGUCUGAGUUUCAAGUCACAUGACCAAGGUCAAAGGUCAUUUAGGGUCAAUGAACUUUUGCAAAGUUGUGGGUAUUUGUUUAAUUACCAUCAUAACUUUGAAAGUUUAUGGAUCUGAUUCAUAAAACUUGGACAUAAGAGUAAUCAAGUAUCAAUGAACAUCCUGUGCGAGUUUCAGGUCACAUGACCAAGGCUAAAGGUCAUUAAGGUCAAUGAACUUUGGCCAUGUUAGAAGUAAUUAUUAAUAUUAAUAUUAACUUUCAAAGUUUAUGGAUAUAGUUUAUGAAUUGUAGAAAUUGGGGUAAUCAAGUAUCACUGACAAGUCUUAGGUCACAUGAUCAAGGUCAAAUGUCAUUUAGGGUCAAUGAACUUAGUAUUGUAUCAUUAUAUGAAUGGUGUUUUUUGUGAAUAAUUAUUUUAUAGUAGUUUUCAAUGUCAGCACUGCUGCUAUAUUGAAUGGCGUAAUGCAGGUGAGACUGCCAAAGGCGCUCCACUUGUUUAAGAAUAAUGCCGUGUGCUUGUCCUAUCUGGUGCAGAAAAUGACAAAUCAAAUGGAUUCAAAAGAAUUCAAUAUAAAGUUUCUGCAUCUCUUAACUUUAUUUGUACAUGUAUCUGCACUCUUUGCAUUUCAUGUAAAGUGAUCACUAAGUCUGAUAUAACAGAAUUUUAUUGAAUUAGCCGGGGUUUGGGGUACAUGUAAUUGGUUCUACUUUAUUUUGCAAAAAUUAAAAAAAUUGAAAAGUGUAAUGUGUUACUAAAUACCAAUCUUGCGAUUGAGCGCACUCAUAAGUGACUUACCCCCCCAACUGACGUGACCCACUGUAUGCGACUGAAAAGGAGAUUAUUUGUAAACAAGAUGAGGAGAUUGUAAAGAAGUAAAGCAUGGAUGGAUAAAGUGAUCUAUUUUUUAUUGCAAAUAUUCAUAUAUUUGUUAAUUAUUUUAGGACAAUUCAAACCUUUAUCUGUAAUCUCACUUAAAAAUAGAGGCAGCAGCCUCUGGAUUGGGGAGGUUACAUUUUAAUUCCUAUACAUAAGACCUCGAAGUAUCCUGUUUUUCCAACUGUCCAAAUCUUGUCACCCUGCGGGGCUAUGCAAUUUCAUACUAGCCUGGACUAUAUAGGGUUAAGCAGUGUCAAAUACAAGUUACUGUAAUAAAGUACAAUGUAUUAAAUGUUUACCCAAAUCAAAGAUACUACAAGGGGAAGAUUGGACAGUACAUAGACCGCGUAAUGAAAUGCUCUGGAAGAGCGCCCUACAGCGUUGAGUAAGUAACGACCUUUUUUAACCUUUGCUUAUCGCGAGAUGGUUGUGUACAAAACAUAUGAGAGAAGGGGUGAAGGAAUAGACGAUUUUUACAUUUUAGAUUUUUUUUUCUUCAAUUUUUUCCCCUUGAAUUUGAGAUGAAUAUAUUUCAGAGGUUUUUUGGUAAUAAAACAUAGAAUUAUUCCCAUGUGCCACCCUUGAGCCCUCUCCAAACUCCUCCCCUCUCUCAUUUCCCCCAUAUGUUUUAUACACAGUCGCGUGCUGAUAUGCGAGAGUUUACUUACUCAACGCUGUUGGGCGCCCUUCCCCAUUUUUAUAAGCAUUUAUCGAGCGUUUCAAAAAAUCGUUGAAGUGUCCGUUCUUCCCUUUGUUGUAUCUUUGCCCAAAUUCAACCAGUCUCCUAUAUACAGUGCGUCCCCGAAAAAAUGUCCCUCUGAUAUGCGGCUAAAUUACUUCAAAAAAUAAAAAUUAUUCUCAAUAAUAUGUAUGGAACUACGAAGCUCAAAUCAUGUUCUAACUUCAAUUAAAAAUUUCAUUGGUCUCGCUUCAGUGGAUUUGAUUACACAGUCUAUUAUGUAACAGUGGUGCUUUUCACCCCAUUCCAAGUUUGCAUGUAUGCAGCACUGCUGUGUGUUCUGCACUUUCUAGCAUAUCAAUCAACCCCCUUUGAACAUUCUGACCAAGGAAUUCCCUGAUCUGACCAGGAAAAUCUCCAUGAUCUAACCAAGCUCAUCAAAUCACAACCUUGAGCAUGUUCAGAAGGGCAAAAACAAUAUUUGACAGUCCAUUUCAUGUUUGAUAACAGGAGAUGCACAAUGAUUAGGACAACAGGUCAUGUCUGUUUCAUGCCUAAUAUGGCAUUUUUGUUUUCAUUACUUUUUUUACUUAAUAAGCUACUGUGGUUAAGUUAAUUCAAUGUAACUUUUAAAAGAAAAAAUGUCAAAUAUUUCUCUGGUAAAGUUCCUUUUCGCAAAGGGUGAUUAACUUGUGGAUUCCCCUUUAUUUUUCAGCUUAUUUACUAAUCCAUUAUUCACAUUUUCUUUCCAAGAUGGUGCACUGAUUCCCCUUAUCAAUCAUCAAACAAAAUUUAAUUUUUAUGUUUCUUGUCCUUCUGAACAUGCCCAAGUUUAUGAUUUGAUGAGCCUGGAUAUGAUUAGGGAAAUGUCCCUGCUCAGAUCCUGGAUGUAAAAAUGGGGGUUAAUAUGCUAUAGACAAUGCAGAAAUACAUCGAUGCUGCAAACUUGGAAUGGGCUAAAAUGCACCACUGUUACGUAACAGAGUGUGUAUUCAAAACCGCUGAAGCGCGACCAAUGAAAUUUUCAUAGAAGUUAGAUCACGAGAUGAGCUUUCCACUCAUGAGCAUUUAUUUGAGAAUACUACCACAUUUUAGAAUUAAUUCAGCCCUAUGUCAGAGAGACAUUUUUUGGGGGACGCGCUGUAUAUUCUUGAUACUAAAUCUUAAAUAAUGUCACAUUUAGAAUGUUAUUCAUUUAAGAAUAAUCAUCCUGUUUAGUAAUGCAUUAUUUUAAUUCAACAUUCUGUUGGCAGUGGGUUACGAGUUCGCCAUCAUUUUUUAAGCCUAAUCUCUCACGAUUGCCGUCUCCUGCAUUCUUUUAAUUGUCAUUUUGUUUAAUGAGUAAUAUAUUUUGUUAAUCCAAUGAUUAUACUACAACUAUAUGUGACAUUUUGCAUUUGUAUAUAUUACCUUAAUAAUAUAUUACCUUAAUAAUAUUAUCUUUAUCCAAGUCCUUUGGAAGUGCAUAGGGAGUUAUAACAUAAUGUGAUAUGCGCUAUACAAGAACUGCAUUAUUAUUAUUAUUAUUAUUACCUUGUAAACUUAUAUCUGAUGCAUGUGAAUACAGAAAUAAAAGCAAUCAAUCAAGUACCUAUGCUCUUUGGUAUACAUACGUGUAUGGUAUGAUGGGAUAUUCUGUUAAAUUGCAUUUUGUUCAAAAUGAUAAGAAUGAGCCGAGGGAUCCCUGUAUCGUUCUGCAGAACACUCUCUGUAGACCUUUUCAUAAAUACUUACAACUAGGGUAACAUUGCAUUGCUACAAUUGUAAAAGGGCUUAUCAGCCAAUCACAACCAAAGAUUCCAUGGUUAGUUACAAUACUGGCAAAGUUUCAUGUUUUUAUGAAACACCACCCUAGGUCCUGUCCUAUAUUAAAUUAAGUUCUCCUGUUAGGAGUACACUGUACAUUGGGUUUGUUUCGAUGUUACUUCUACUGGUACACAAUUGCCAAUUAUCUUUUUCAUUCUGGGUUAACAUAUUGCAUUGUUGAAACUUCAUGUGGGAGUUCUACUGUGAUUUAAUGUUUGUAUUUGUAUAAUGCAUAUGAAAGUUACAAUGAGUUGUGGUAUAUUAAGUUAUUCAAGUCAGUGUUUUUCAUUAAGAUGUGUAUAUGUGCAGAAUUUUACGUCAAAUUUGUAUGAAAAUGUCAAGAAUAUGAUUUUGAAAUUGUAUAUUGCUGCAAUAAAAGAAUUGUUUAAUCAAAA